CGGGCCGGAGGCUGGGCAGGGGCCGGGCAUGAAGCCGGGCGGCAACCAGAUCGCGGCUGGUGGCGGCGGCGGCGGCGAUGAGCGACAUAGUGGAGAAGACGCUGACGGCGCUGCCGGGACUCUUCUUGCAGAACCAGUCGGUUGGCGGGCCAGCGGGAGUCAAGGCGUCCUUCUCCUCGCGGCUGGGCAACCUCGUUCGCGGUAUCACCGCGCUAACCUCCAAGCACGAGGAAGAGAAACUAAUCCAGCAGGAACUGAGUAAUCUGAAAGCAACUGUUUCUGCUCCUACUACAACACUGAGAAUGAUGAAAGAGUGUAUGGUGAGACUUAUAUAUUGUGAAAUGCUUGGAUAUGAUGCUUCCUUUGGCUACAUACAUGCGAUCAAGUUGGCACAACAAGGAAACCUUUUAGAAAAAAGAGUAGGUUAUUUGGCUGUUUCUUUAUUUCUACAUGAAAGUCAUGAGCUGUUGCUUCUCCUUGUGAAUACAGUUGUAAAGGACUUGCAGAGCACUAACCUGGUAGAAGUAUGCAUGGCACUUACUGUCGUCAGCCAGAUAUUCCCUCGAGAAAUGAUUCCAGCUGUUCUUCCAUUAAUUGAAGAUAAACUUCAACAUUCUAAGGAGAUUAUACGAAGAAAAGCUGUUCUGGCAUUAUAUAAAUUCCAUCUCAUUGCUCCUAAUCAAGUACAGCAUAUCCAUAUUAAGUUUCGGAAAGCACUUUGUGACAGAGAUGUUGGGGUCAUGGCUGCUUCUUUGCACAUAUACUUUAGGAUGAUUAAGGAGAAUUCAUCUGGAUAUAAAGACUUGACGGGGAGUUUUGUAACAAUUUUGAAGCAAGUAGUUGGAGGAAAGCUCCCAGUAGAUUUCAAUUACCAUAGUGUACCAGCACCAUGGUUACAAAUCCAGCUCUUGAGAAUACUAGGACUUCUAGGAAAAGACGAUCAAAGGACAAGUGAAUUAAUGUAUGAUGUUCUUGAUGAAUCCUUACGAAGAGCCGAGUUAAAUCACAAUGUCACAUAUGCUAUUCUGUUUGAAUGUGUACAUACAGUUUAUUCUAUUUAUCCUAAAUCAGAAUUACUUGAGAAGGCUGCCAAGUGCAUUGGAAGAUUUGUUCUGUCACCUAAAAUAAAUCUCAAGUAUUUAGGGCUGAAGGCUCUUACCUAUGUUAUCCAGCAGGAUCCCACUCUGGCUCUUCAGCACCAGAUGACAAUAAUUGAAUGCUUAGACCAUCCUGAUCCCAUUAUUAAAAGAGAGACUCUGGAACUUCUUUACAGAAUUACUAAUGCACAGAAUAUAACAGUGAUUGUCCAGAAAAUGCUUGAAUAUUUACAACAGAGCAAAGAAGAGUAUAUUAUCGUCAAUUUGGUUGGCAAAAUAGCUGAACUCGCUGAGAAAUAUGCCCCAGAUAAUGCAUGGUUUAUUCAGACAAUGAAUGCUGUGUUUUCAGUGGGAGGAGAUGUUAUGCAUCCUGAUAUUCCCAAUAACUUUCUGAGACUGCUAGCAGAAGGUUUUGAUGAUGAAACAGAAAAUCAACAAUUAAGGCUUUAUGCAGUUCAGUCUUAUCUCACUUUACUAGAUGCGGAAAAUGUGUUCUAUCCACAGAAAUUUCUUCAAGUUAUGAGUUGGGUGUUAGGGGAGUAUUCCUAUCUCUUAGAUGAGGAAACGCCAGAGGAAGUUAUAACCAAACUCUACAAGUUACUUAUGAAUGACUCGGUUUCUUCAGAAACAAAAGCCUGGUUACUUGCUGCUGUUACCAAGUUGACACCCCAAGCACACUCUUCUAACAUAGUUGAGAGAUUAAUCCAGGAAUUCACCAUAUCUUUGGAUACUUGUAUGAGACAGCAUGCGUUUGAAUUAAAACACUUACGUGAGAAUGUGGAACUUAUGAAGAGCUUGCUUCCAGUUGAUAAGAGCUGUGAAGACAUGGUGGUAGAUGCUUCCUUAUCUUUUCUGGAUGGUUUUGUGGCUGAAGAACUCAGUCAGGGGGCAGCACCUUACAAACCUCACCACCAACGUCAGGAAGAGAAGCUUUCUCAGGAAAAAGUUCUCAAUUUUGAACCAUAUGGACUUUCAUUUUCUUCAUCUGGCUUCACUGGACGACAGUCUCCUGCUGGCAUUUCUCUUGGUUCAGAUAUAUCUGGGAACAGUGCAGAGACUGGGCUGAAAGAGACAAAUAGCUUGAAGCUGGAAGGUAUAAAGAAGUUAUGGGGGAAAGAGGGCUAUCUUCCCAAGAAAGAAGGCAAAACUGGGGAUGAAACUGAAGUUCCGCCUGUUCCUCAAGAGAGUAUGAUAAUGGAGAAUGUAGACCAAACUAUAAUUAAAAAGGAUCAGUCUCAAGUCCUUACCCAAUCUAAAGAGGAGAAAGAAAAGCAGCUGCUGGCGUCAUCAUUAUUUGUUGGGCUAGGAACAGAAAGUACAAUCAAUUUGCUAGGAAAAGCAGAUACCGUAUCUCACAAGUUCAGAAGGAAAUCAAAAGUCAAGGAAACCAAAAGUGGAGAAACAACCAGUGCUCAGAAUAUGCCCUGUUCUUACUUUAGUUCUUCGUCAGAUGUGACUUAUGAAGAUGAUUAUUAUUUGGAUACUUUGCAGGAUAGAGGAGACAAAGAAUUAAAUAAGUUUUCUCUCAACUCAGAACUUUUGGAUUCUGAGUCACUCACAGAACUGCCCUCCGUUGAGAAACUCUCCAGUUGCACACUGUCUACGCCUUCUUUGUUCACUGAUGAUAUGGAAGGUCUUCACUCUCCUUCGUCCACUGCAGCCUCAGUUGCUAAUGAAAUCUCUUUAGCUUCUUCUCUGUUGGAAGAAACUUCUGAACACAUGCAUUCAGAUCUUGUGGAGGUCUGUAAUAAUGAAACCAUAUCAGUGUCUUCUUACAAAAUUUGGAAAGAUGACUGUUUACUGGUGGUCUGGUCAGUUUCUAAUAAGAGUGGUUUGGAAUUGAAAAGUGCUGACUUAGAAAUUUCUUCUGCAGAAAAUUUCAAGAUCACUGAGCAACCUGGAUGCUGCUUGCCUGUAAUAGAAACAGAAAGCAUCAAAACCUUUCAAUAUAGUGUACAGAUGGAGAAACCUUUUACAGAAGGGAAUCUUUUUGGUUUUAUAAAUUAUCAGAUGAUGGAUACUCAUUCUGUUCAGCUUGAAUUUUCUGUAAACUUAUCACUAUUAGAUUUCAUUAGACCGUUGAAAAUCUCAACUGAAAACUUUGGCAAACUCUGGUUAUCCUUCGCAAAUGAUGUGAAGCAAAAUGUAAAAAUGUCAGAAUCUCAAGCUGCUCUGCCUUCUGCCCUGAAGACCCUGCAACAGAAACUAAGACUUCAUGUUGUUGAAAUUAUAGGCAAUGAAGGGCUUUUGGCCUGUCAACUGCUCCCAUCCGUCCCCUGCUUGCUGCAUUUUCGAGUUCAUGGUGACGUAUUAGCCCUGUGGUUCAGAUCCUCCUGCUCUACUCUUCCUGACUAUUUACUAUAUCAGUGUCAAAAGGUAGUGGAGGGAUCCUAGCAGAAGCUCUGCUUUUAUUUUACUCCAUCAAAAUAAAUGGUUUACAUAGAUAAACUUAUUUACCAAAGUAAAAAGAACUCCUGGUACUUCUAAUGAAAAUGGGGAUUAUUACAAGCUGUGGUUUUAUGUGUUUUCUUUAUGAAUCCUGAUCAAGAAAGAUCCCUAAGAAACUAUAUCCUUAACCUUUUACUCAGGAUUGUACAGUAUGUUUGGGUCUCACAAAAGUGACCUGAACUAAUGUUAUAAACUGCUAAUGAUUUAUAUGUCACUUAGUGUAGAGGGACUGAAAAUAUUUAUUUUGUUAUAAAUAAUUUUAUAGCAAAUUUACUCUAGUGCUAGCUGAUUUGUAGUAAAGCCAAGUCUCCGUUCUCUGCAUUAAUGGUGGGGGAGUCGGGGGGAGACAUGGCAUUGAUCAUCCCAAACCUAAUUUGUAUUUGGCUUUGGAAUGCAGUGUAAGCUUUUCGAUAGGGAAGUCAUUACUUUCAAUUAUGUUUUGCUUGGAUAAGUGUUGAAAUAAAUUGGCACAGCACACACUAACAGUUUAGGAGAUCCAUGAGCAUGCUGGAUAUCGGGGGGAUUCAAUCUGUGAUAUAGUUUUUAUUGUAGAUAACUUGUUACACAUAAUUGCAGAUAAUUCAGCUACAGAAUUUGUCUGUUUUCCACUUGAACUUAUUUUUAAAAUUCAAAAUGAAUCCUUAUUUUAAAUGUAUUCUUAUUUUAAAAACCCAGAGCCAUUUACAAAAUAUCGUCAUAUAAAAACAUAACCCAUAAGAGGACAGAAUACUAAAACAGAUAUAAAAGGACUUUGUAGUUAUGGCAACUAUCUUAGUUACCAUUUAGGUCCAUUUAGGUCCUUUUGACAAACUAAAUUUUGUGAGUAUAAAUGGCAAAACCAUCUUUCCUGGCUUUUGAAUCUGCUAAUACUCAAUGGAUACAACCACAACAGUGACUACUUAAGUAUACUGUACAGAUUCUUCAGUAAGAUACAUCAUUUUCAUGUUGUAAUUGUGCCUUUAUGGCCUAUGUCAGAAUUCUUGUCAGUGAAAGAAGAAGUUAGGCCUACUAUGAACAAUGGACCACAAUCUUGAGAUUGUACAUUAAAGUUAAAAACUGAAAUAGUAAGUAUUUUAUAAAAUCUUAUGGUGCUGUGGAAAAUAUUUAUUAUUUCACUUUUUCUGACACUUCACCAUGGAGACUGUUCAGGUAAUACAGUUUUAAGUCACUUCAGUUAAUACUCUGGUUAAUUGGUACUGUUUAUCACCCACGUGUGGAAUUCUGGUUUAAAUUAUCUCAUUAAUCAUAACUGAUAAAGAUACUAAAGGGAUUCCCUAGAGCUGUUAGGUUUUAUUAGCUUUUUAUGUCUAGCAUUUUUCUCCCUAAAAACAAAAGCACUGUUUUUAAAAAUUAAUUUUAAAGUUACUCAUUUUUAAAAAUGUCACUUGUUAAUUUCAUGUUUUUAAAAACAUACAGUAAAACCUUGCUAUGAAAGUAAUGAUAAGUGACUAGAAUUUCCUGAGUAGGUUUCUCUUUUGAAUAGAAGGUCAGAUUCAUCUUUAUGCUCCCAGCAGCGUCAUGUGAAGAGAAUGAGCUCUCUUGGAUGUGGUGGACACUGGUAGCUAGACUUACCAGCUUCCUCUUUAUUUCUGCCUCUGUCAAUAGCACCCCUCUCCCCCAACCCCCGAUUCUGCUGUUACUCUGACAAAAAAUUAGGAAGUGCCCUCUCACUUUGUAGAGGAAUACAGUAUGUGGCAAAGGAGGUGCUCCAAUUUUUUGUGUGUCCUUACUUCUGUGUGUGUGCAUGAUCACCAAGGCUAGGUUGAGUAUAGAGCAGUGUGUGUAAGGUGCCCAGCAAGCAGAUGGACGACUAUCUAGGAGAGAUUACAAUGGGCUACUCCUUGGUCGUGAAUGGCAACUGACAGUUGUCAGUAACAUUGCUUGGCCAACAGAGCUGUCUGAUGGUGGGAGAUGUGUAAUGGUAGGUUAGGGCCGGGAGCAUCAUUUUAGCUUGUCAAAGGGAACAUAGUGUCACUUUUGUUCUUUCUGAAUCCACUAAAUAAAAAGUAGAGUAAUGGAGUUUUCACUGAAACAUUUAGUAGAAUGUUUACAAUUUUUAUAUUUUUAUGGCUUUAAAAUAACAGUAGGAAAGAGUGAAUUUUAAAGAACUUCGGAGCAGUGUGUAUCUGCCUAAAUUAAUUCAGUGUUUUAAGUUCCAAAUCAGGCAUCACCAACCUUUUUUGCAUUGCAGGAAGACGUGACUGUAAAGUAGGGAGCAUGAUUUUUGUGGGCAGAUAAUCCUCUUUACCUUACAGUCAUGGUUUAAAGUGAAGGGGCAGCAUCUGGAGUAGAGCUGUGGUGGGGAUGCUCAGCGUGUGAGUUCUGUGCCAGGCACCUUCACUGAGAGUGCAGGCGGCGGCAGGUGUGACUCUGGGGGAGAAUAAAGGGCAGACAGCAAAACCUUAAGAGCAGGUGAAUGAAGAAGGAUCAGGCUCCCGCCAGAGUAGUCCCUGUGGAGGCGGGCGGAUCAGGCUCAAGGGAAAGUGGGGCCCUGAGUAAGGGUACUUCUGAAGAGAGGGCAGAUGGAAGGUGAGCAGUUACCAAGUGCUAAUGUGCCAAAUGUGUCCGCAUGUUCUUUGCAGGGGGGCACUAUUUAAAUAGUAACCUGCUAUCCUCUACCAAAAAACAGUUGUGCUGAAAAUGCAGUAUUGUAUUUUUUCCUUUAUUUUGUUUCAUGUCAGUAAUAUUGUAAAAUAUUGAGUUCUUUGUCUUCUUUUUUAUGAAUGAAUGUGAUCUUUGUCUCAUGAUUGUGAGCCACUGCAAGUGCACUGAACCUAUUCACAAGUCUUUAAGGUGUUUUGCUGUGUUAAAAUUUUAGAGGGAAAAAUGCAAGUGAGAAUAACAACCUAAUAGGCAUUAAUGACUUUAUUUUGGAGUUGAAUUCUGUAAGUUGAAAAACAAUUCGGCUAAAUAUGUAAUAAAUACAAAGUGAUCUAUAUUGUUCUUUGGUCUGUAUAUUUUUUAUUAUCUAAAUAGCUAAUAAGUAAUCCUAUUCAGUAAUUUGAUAGGGUUGGUGAAAAGGAGCAGAAGCAACUGGAAUGGGAUGAAAAGAGUGAUUUACUCAUUGCAGUCCCUCAAAGAAUCUGGCCUAAUUGGUUAAAAGUAAAGAUACUGCUGUUUCUGUGUGAUGUUCAAAGAGAACUUUGUGGGCUUCAGGCAUGGAUUCGUUCUCAGGUGUGUGUCCAUAUCCCCUAGGUCAGCUUAUCCUAGCCUGACCAGAGCAUUCAGAGCAGUGCUUUCUUUCCACGAUGCCCUCUCCGUACAGCCGCCUUAAGAUGCAAGAAACACAGUAAGUCGAAAGGUGAUUUAGUGAGUCUCUGUCUCUACGUGUGUAUCCUGAAACACAAAGCUAGAUCAGAAAUGGCAUUUAAAUCUCACUGACUUAUGCCUACUAUUGGCUAUAAUGUGUGGCAGGCAAGAAGUUCUGAGACUUGAAGCCCCAUCUUUGGGACACUGAAGGUAAAGGAGGUUUAAAUGCACCACACCCACUGCAGUAAUUGACAAGAAGGGACUCUUAAAGGGAGGGAUGGCCUGCUGCCAAACCUGGUAGUCAAAGUUAAUGAUUGUAUGAAAGUUACUUGUUUAUGUGUGUGCAUAAUGAAAGACUAUGAGCUUUUUAUGGUUAAGAACCAUGCAUAUAUUCUAUUCUGUGUUCCUUUGCCUGAUGCAUAAUAUAGGCAUUCAGUAAUAGGGACUCAGCCUACUGAAUGAAUGACUAAAAAGACUUGUCCCAUCAAAGUAAAUAAUCUGAGACCAGGUAAUAUCCAGGGAUUGACUUUAGCAAUCCUGUGGUUCUCCUAGAAGUAAAGAAAAGUGAUCAGAUUUAGUUUAUAGAUAUAAGUUAGCAGAAAGGGGUUUUGGUGAAAAUAGCUUGUGCCAAUUUCUACCUGGUGGAAGAGAGGAAGCAUGACUGCUUGAUGAGACCUUUACCAGCCUGAAGGUUAAGUCCUGUGAGAAGUUGCCAUGCCAUUUAAGAGAUCUCUCUGCAGAUACAGUGUGAUUACAGAUAGAUACUAUGACUUGGAGGAGGAGGACGUUUCUGCAUUAUGGCAGAUGUUCAUGAAGUUUUAGUGAUCUAAAAGAACUGGUUUUAGGACAGAAAGCAGUGGACAUUUGAUCAGUGAAGUUAAUGAUAGCUAACGAAUGUGAUAAGGCAGAUUUACUAGCUAAGCUAGCAUUACAUGUUUCUUCAGAAGAGUGAGCACUGUGAUAGUGGGAGGGACAGCUAUAAAUUAAUAAGGCCAACAGCAUCAGGAAAGUUGGGAAAGAACAGUUCUGAAUAAAGUAGCAGGAAGCAGAAUUACUUAAAAGGAAAUGUGUUUCCUAUGCAUCAUGUGGGAAACUUUAUGGUAGGUGCAUGGAUCCAAGACAGGAUGGUACCCAAAAGAUGGGUCCAGAGAACCCUGAGAACUUAAAGAUUGUGAGUUGGAUACAGGGAGGAUGGGCUUGGGCAUGGGGGAGAGACAGAUGACGUCAAACACCGUGAGUUUUCUGGAGCAUCUGUAAUGCUGCAAAUGUAGUGAGUUCUUCUAAGUGGUUGCAACUAGAUUGCGGGCUUCUUUCCAAGAGAAGAGUCAAUUUUCUUUAGUUAUUUUAAACUAUUUUUAUAAGUGGAUGAGUACUUUUCCUUCCCAAAACAUAUUGCAGAUACCACUAAAUAGCUGGCCUUAGGAAGUUUUUCCCUAAUGAGGUCUGGCAGGACAUGUGCUAAAUGGAUGGAGACUAGAGCCCAGAGAUUAUUUUUUGUAUUUCAGUGAGAGAAAAGUACUUGGAAAUCUGUUUAAUUGUACAACUCCAUCCUUUAUGUUGUGUGACAAGUAGGAAGUAACAGAAGCAAGGUGUGAUAUAUUCUUAGGGAGAGGUGUUUGGUCUGAAUUGCUACUGUAUAAUUUAAUGAAGUUGAGGGCAAAACCAGUGACUGGAACAAGCUGGUCUCCAAUGAUGAUCAAGGUAUAAGACCUGAUAGAUCAAGGUUAAGAAUUUAUUUUUUCAUCUUAGUUGACUGAUUAAUAGUUGCUGGGGUUAAACAGAAGAGUUACGGUGAGCUGUGGGAAAAACGAAAUGAUUUGGACCCAAAUAUUGGACCAGUCUUCAUCCACAGAAGUGAUAAGUGUCUUUUGUUAUUCAUAAAAAGCCUUUUUAAGCACAUCCGAGUUCAUGUUCAUCAA